UGAAAGGGGGCGCUGCUACCGUUGGUGGCACUUCCUGUUUGGGUGUGAUAGAAGACGUUAAGUUUUCUGGCACAAUUUUCAGAUUCUGAUAUACGUUACCACUGUCACCAUGUCGAGCAGAAAGACAAAGGGAAAGACGACAAAGAAGCGUGCCCAGCGCGCCACUUCUAAUGUCUUUGCUAUGUUUGACCAGGCACAAAUACAGGAAUUCAAGGAAGCAUUCAACAUGAUUGACCAAAAUCGUGAUGGUUUUAUUGAUAAAGAGGAUCUUCAUGAUAUGCUUGCUAGCUUAGGUAAAGAUCCUGCAGACCCUUACUUAGAAAACAUGAUGCAGGAAAGCACCCAGGACUGA